AUGGAUGCCUCGGAAGUUCUUCGAAUUAUUGGUGCACUCAAUACACGCACCGUUCAAGCAGAACGCCGCCAAACGAGAGCCGAGCAGGAGCUAGUUGCCAUACGGGAGGCGCUCAGCCAAUCCAAGAGCGAGUUGGAGGAGAUAGUCCGGCUAACCGAGAUUCUUUAUGAGGUCAAUCGGCGAAUGGGAUCCAUGAUAGAUUACCUGUUCACAGAACAUGGUAUCAAGCAUGGUUAUGAGGAUGCCAAGUCAUUUGAUUUGAUGUUUGAUUUGGUGGUGAAGCGGCUGGAGGCGGAGUCGCAGGAGCCUCCCAAGUGCGACGAUAAAGCCGGAGACCUCACUGGCAGCCGUGUCUCCGCACCUGCGGAGGUCAGUAGUAGGAGUGGUGUGAACUGA